AUACUCCCGGCGGUCACCCCGAGCAAGCUCCCACGCAGCUGCCCUAUCCAUCCCAAGUCCCUCCCGGCAAUAUCGGCUGACUUGCCUCAGCCAUGUGGGCAAGUCAUGAAGGUUGUCUCGCACAGAAACAACCCUGUGAGCAGGUUCGACGUACGGGAGACGCUCCGCGUGCCCAUAUAGCCGGAGUUAACGUUCACGGGCUUAGCUUUAACAGGGCUCGAUUCAGUUUCACGGAGUAGUCGCUGGUUCUACAAGGUCAUUCCAGCGAUACUCCAUGAUCGUGCGAAGGCACUUGGUACCAAAGGAAUCGACACACCUCUCCCAGGUCUCCAUGUCUCACAGCCAUACACUCAGACGGCCAAAGACAGGCUCAGGGGGCGCGAGGAUGAAGGAGCGGUGGUGCCGAGGAGCGACAGGGACGGCGGCAGCGAUGGUGGUGAUGGUGGGGCUGACGGCGGGGGUGAUGGCGGAGGGGGACGGGAACACCACGAGAUCCUUCUGGCCCCUACCAAAGAACCCGGAGGUGAAUCUUGAGGACAUGUUUCGUGCGUCAGCUUACAAGGCGUCGCAAGGAAUGUCGAAGCUCCUGCUGGGGAAAGAGAAUACGAGAGCAGGCAUAGAAAGUGUCUUCGGCGUGUACCUCCCCACCCCUGUGCCCGGCGUGGUGAGCAACAGGGAGUGUCGGAGGGAUGUGCUGAGUCUCAUUCGGACCUGGAUCAACCCUAACAUACUGGAGGCGGUGUUUGCUAAAGGAAGGUUCUGGCCGUCCACGAUGCCUGACUCCUGGGGGAAGGUGCCGGACGGGAUACUCUACGGGAACGUCAUGCCGUGGGGGUUACAGGAGGAGUGUACCCACAUAGUGGCCGACGAACACAUUGGCUCCCCGGUCGCCGUGCCGCCCUUCAACGUGAUCUUCCGCGGCCGCUACUGUCUCGUCUCCGUUGAAGAGUUCAAGCAGUCGCCGAAGUCCGAUGAGGCAAUGGACGAGAGCGCUGGCAUAUGGAAGGCCCUGGGCAUGCACGACCCCAGAGUGGGCGUGGCGAUGGUCAACAAGGAGGUGCCGCCGAUCUUUACCUAUGGAACCUGCAUGCCGUCCUCCUGCACCGCUGAGGACCUGAGGGCGAGCAUUGACGACGCCCUGCAGCCGGUGGGGAAGACAGCUAAGUUCGUGGACUGUCACUUGGAGGACGAACCCAUCGAAUUCACUAACGGAGACAUCUUCUUUAUUUCCUUCCUCUCCGUUCUCUUCGCCGUCCUGCUCGCCGCUGCUGUCGUCGACCUGUGCAUCAACCACCUCGAGAAACAUGAGCUACGGAAAGGGCCCCUCAAGUUCCUGCUGGUGUUCUCGGCGUACAGCAACAUGAGGAGCACAUUCACCAUCAGGCCCAAGGAACACCCGGACGUCAUUUCGUGUCUGCACGGCUUGAGGGUCUUCUCCAUGGGCUGGGUUGUGUUGGGUCACGGCUACAUGUUCCUCGCCAGUGUCACCAGCAACGUCGUUCACUACACAGAGCUGAGUGACGACGUGCUGGACCAGAUCGUCGUGAACGCCUCCUUCUCGGUGGACACGUUCCUCUUCAUGAGCGGCCUCGUCGUCGCCUACACGCUGCUGCUUGAGAACGAGAAGAACAAACGCGUCAACUGGCUCAUUUAUUACGUCCAUCGCAUCAUCAGGUUGUCGCCGCCCAUCAUCAUCACCGGCGCCGCCAUGGCCACAGUGUUCCGCUUCGCCAUGGUGGGCCCCUACUCGGCCAACAUCGAGAGGUCCUACGUGGAGAACUGCCGCAGCAACUGGUGGGUGGACGCGCUCUUCAUCGGGAACUUCGUCAGCCCUCCAUGCCUGCCCCAGUGCUGGUACACGGCCGUAGACUUCCAAUUGUACGCAGUGGCCCCGCUGGUCCUCGCGCCGCUGCUCACGAAGAAGAGACUGAGUGGUCUGGUGUGGCUGGCCGUUGUAACCCUCGUGUCUGUGGCCGUCCCCAUGAUCACCAUAGCCGUCAACGACCUCAACCCGCCCGGCGUUCCCUUCGUGCAGGGCGAGCCGAAGAAGACUGUGGACCUGUACGGGACUCCCUGGGCGCGCGCCAGCCCCUACCUCAUGGGGAUCUGGACCGGCUGGCUGCUGAUGGAGGUGCGCGGCAAGAAGUUUAAGUUACACCCGGUGGCCGUGGCUGUAGGAUGGAUGGUCUCCGCCGCUAUCGCCCUCGCCGUUCUCUUUGGCAUGGCAGACUACAACGUUUUUACCUUCGAGAAAGAUAACUCCAUCCCCCAAGCCGCCAGCAUCCUCUACGGAGGCCUCAGCAGACUGGCGUGGGGCGUGUCCCUCCUGUGGGUGGUGUUUGCCUGUCACACGGGAUACGGGGGUAUCGCCAACUCGAUCUUAGCGCACCCGAGUCUACAGCCCGUCAGCCGCCUCACCUACAGCCUCUACCUCGUCACCAUCUGCAUCCAGAUCGUCUACUCGGGCACAACCUACGUCCCCCUCUACGUGAACCAUCUCAACAAGGCCAUCGAGACGUGUGGUUACCUCUUCCUGGGCGGCCUCGUGGCCAUCCCCCUGAACCUGGCGGUGGAGCGGCCCAUCCUCGGCCUCGAAAAGCUGCUCCUUCCGCGUCCUGGCCGAUCCGUAACCGAACAGCAGCAGGAACAGGAGGAGAAGAAGGAGGAAUAAGAAGGAAGAUGGAGGAAGGAAAGUAUGGAGAGCAGGAACAGAGGAGAAAAGGAGGAAUAAGAAGAAAGGAAAGUGUGGAAGGGAAGGAGUAAGGAAGAAGAGCAGGAACAGGAGGAGAAAAGGAGAAAUAAGAAGGAAGAUGGAGGAAUUAAAGCAUGGAAGAAAAGGAGUAAGGAACAAGAGCAGGAACAGGAGGAUAAAAAGAAGAAACAGUAAGGAAGAUGACGGAAAGAAAAUAGGGAAGGGGAGGAGUAAGGAGGGGAAGCAAAGAACACACAAAAAAAAGGAUGCAAGUUGAGAAUGAAAAUCACGAAAAUGCAAAGAAGAUGGAAUGAAGAGGGAAGGAAGAUGAAAGAAAGACAGCAAAGUAGAAAAUAAAAAAAAUGAAUGUAAACGAGAAAGUAAGUAUUGAAUGUAGGAUAAUAAAAAGGUAAAUAUUAAUAGUGAAUGUUAGGUAUAAAAGCAGGUAAGGAAGGGACGAAAGUAGGAGAGUAAGAAAGAUGAAUGUUGAUGAUGGAUGUUAAUUAAGAAUGGAAAGAAGGAAGGAAAUAAGGAAAGUAGGAGAGUAAGAAAGAUGAAUGUUGAUGAUGGAUGUUAAUUAAGAAUGGAAAGAAGGAAGGAAAUAAGGAAAGUAGGAGAGUAAGAAAGAUGAAUGUUGAUGAUGGAUGUUAAUUAAGAAUGGAAAGAAGGAAGGAAAUAAGGAAAGUAGGAGAGUAAGAAAGAUGAAUGUUGAUGAUGGAUGUUAAUUAAGAAUGGAAAGAAGGAAGGAAAUAAGGAAAGUAGGAGAGUAAGAAAGAUGAAUGUUGAUGAUGGAUGUUAAUUAAGAAUGGAAAGAAGGAAGGAAAUAAGGAAAGUAGGAGAGUAAGAAAGAUGAAUGUUGAUGAUGGAUGUUAAUUAAGAAUGGAAAGAAGGAAGGAAAUAAGAAAAGUAGGAGAGUAAGAAAGAUGAAUGUUGAUGAUGGAUGUUAAUUAAGAACGGAAAGAAGGAAGGAAAUAAGAAAAGUAGGAGAGUAAGAAAGAUGAAUGUUGAUGAUGGAUGUUAAUUAAGAACGGAAAGAAGGAAGGAAAUAAGGAAAGUAGGAGAGUAAGAAAGAUGAAUGUUGAUAAUGGAUGUUAAUUAAGAAUGGAAAGAAGGAAGGAAGGAAAUAACGAAAGUAGGAGAGUAAGAAAGAUAAAUAUUGAUGAUGGAUGUUAAGGAAAAGUGGAAAGAAGGAAGGAAAUAAGGAAAGUAAGGAAGACAGAAGGAAGGAAGGAAUGGUAAGGAGCAACGAUCAACAAGUUCAAUCGACCAUCGAACGCCACACCAAGUCGCCAGUUCGAUUCCCUCCGCAUGGUGAUUCUAAUUAGUGGCUUAUUAUCUCUCCCUUUUUUUUCUGUUCUGUCCUAUUCGUGCGCGCAAGACAAAAUCCGCCCUCUCUUCCUUUACUGUGUGUGUGUAUGUGUGUGUGUGUGUGUGGUGUCGCUGUGAACAAUGAUAAUAAACUGGUUAAGAACUCA